AUGGCGUCUGUGGGGAGGAAUACACUGUUAUCUGCUAGCAUAAAUGUAAAUAAUAGUACAGCAGAAAACCCAAGUACUGACGAGGAUGACGGACAAAAUUUGUGGUCGUCCAUACUGAGCGAAGUAUCAACGCGAUCGCGGUCCAAGCUGCCAUCCGGAAAGAAUGUGCUGGUUAUGGGUGAAGUGGCAGCUGGUAAGACCACACUGGUGGCCAAGCUGCAGGGUGUGGAGGAAUACAUCAAGGGCCGCGGAUUGGAGUUUCUGUACUUCACCGUCCACGAUGACGAUAUAGACGAUCAGGCACGGUGUAAUGCAUGGGUGCUGGACGGUGAUCUGUAUCAUAAAGGCCUGCAGAAGUUUGCUCUGUGUACGGGAAACCUGGCUGAUUCGUUGGCUUUGUUGGUGGUAGAUCUGUCCCGACCCUGGCUGGCGCUCGACUCCCUGCACAAAUGGACCAGUGUGCUGAGGGACUACCUGGACAAACUGCGAGUGCCUCCUGACACCAUGAGAGAACUCGAGCACAGACUGGUGAAGCAGUUUCAGGAGUACGUGGAGCCAGGAAGUGAUGUGGAAGGAGUGUCUCAGAGGAGAAAUGCUGAGUCAGAGGAAGAGAGUGUUGUGCUCCCCCUCGGUGACAACACACUUACACACAACCUGGGCAUUCCGCUAGUAGUGGUGUGCACUAAGUGUGAUGCUAUCAGCACUUUGGAGAAGGAGCAUGAUUAUAGAGACGAGCACUUAGACUUCAUCCAGUCGCACAUCCGGCGUUUCUGUCUGGAGUAUGGGGCGGCGCUGCUCUACACGUCCAUAAAAGACAGUAAAAAUCUAGACUUGUUAUAUAAAUAUCUCAUCCACAGGUUAUACGGCUUUCCCUUCAACUUUCCUGCCCAGGUGGUGGAGAAGGAUUCAGUGUUCAUUCCGUCAGGAUGGGACAACGAAAAAAAGAUUGCUAUCCUACAUGAAAACUUCCAGUCAGUAAAAGCAGAAGACAACUUUGAAGACGUAAUAGUAAAACCACCCAUUAGAAAAUUUGUACACGAGAAGGAAAUUCAAGCAGAAGACGACCAAGUAUUUCUGGUGAAGCUGCAGACUCUACUAGCCAAACAGCCUCCAGUCAGUGCAGGAAGGCCAGUGGACACCUCUAACAGAGCUCCCACCGGCUCCCCGAGGACGACCAACCGCUCAGCAGCCGCUAACGUGGCCAACGUAAUGCCCAUGCAAUCAGGUGGGCAGACGAGCGAGGGCGUGCUGGCUAAUUUCUUUAACAGCCUUCUGACAAAAAAAGCAGGCUCUCCUGGACCUGGCGGCCAGCCUGCAGGGGGAGGUAGCAACACUCCUGGAACGGUCCGCAAAUCAGGCUCCAAGUUGGGUUUGACAGACGUCCAGGCGGAGCUCGACCGAAUUUCCAGCAAGUCGGACCUGGAUCACUCCGCCCCCAACGCAACCACCCCUCCUGCUGAAAAUGACGAAUCCUGAACGAGAAGCAGGACGAUUCACUGUCCCACGCCCCCCUCCCCUCUACUGUACACCCUCUCUGAAUCGGCCUUCCUUCUUCUACGUCUGUUUUUCUGACCUCUGCCCUGUCUCUUUCCUUUGCUCCCUGAAAGAGGGGAUUUCAUAUUCCCAGUAAGGCCAGUGACUCCGGGCUGCAUGUUGGGCCGGUACCUCGCCUUUUCUGUUUAUAUACACGCAAGCAUGUACAUACACCUACAACUGAUGCAGCUGGAUGAAGUAAGGGGUUGGGAGGGGUUAGGAACGGAGGGCGACCGGUUCUUAUGUAGAAAAAGAGUUUAAGGCUUGUUGGAAGUAGAAGGUGAUUAUUUUAAAUGGUAAGGUAGGUCUUUUUGUUUGACUUUGCACAGUAAGAUGUCUCAUUUUGACUGACAAGAUUCAGGUGUUUUUUAUGUUUGUCCUUUUUUUUUAAUUGACAUAUUUAUAUCUAACCCUCGUGAAAAAAGGGAAACACUGCUUGACUGUGGAUUGGCCACGUGGUGUGGCCAAUCCAGAUUGCUCUGUAUCAUGACUGUUUCAUGUACUACUGUUUUCAUUGGAUAGUUUGUGCACACUACACUCAUUCACACACACUAAAAUCUGUGUUGGGCUUCCACUUAUUUAUUUUUUGCUUAUUUAUAAUAACGACACCAAAACACCAAGGCUCUGAUUUACUACGAUGUCAAACAAACUGUAUUAAUUUACUUGGGUUAUCUACUAAGAAUAUUUGAGACCACUGGCAUCAUUCUUUAUAGCUGUAAUGCCUUUAGUCCUCGUAAAAAAACAGAGCAACAACAGCUAUAAGUAAUGACUUAUUUAUUAAAAGACAUUCUCUUAAUAUUUUUGCUUUAAUUCUGGACAGAUAAUUAAAGAAUGAUUCUUACACUAGCAACCAAUCAGGGUACAGGCAGGACACACUGUGGUUGUUUAACUGCUGUAAGUGUAAAAGGGCAGUUGUAGCCCAGUGGUUAAGGUGCUGGACAAGUAAUCAAAAGGUUGCUGGUUUAAGCCCCACCACUGCCAGGUUGUCACUGUUGGGCCCUUGACCCUCAAUUGCUUAGACAGUAUACUAUCACAGUACUGUAGGUCACUUUGGAUAAAAGCGUCUCCUAAGGCCGCUCAGGUGGCGCAGCGGUAAAAACACACGCUGGAACCAGAGCUGGGAUCUCAAAUACAUCGUAUCGAAUCUCAGCUCUGCCUUGCCGGCUGAGGCUGAGCGGCCACAUGAACAACGAUUGGCCUGUUGUUCAUAUGGGCGGGACUAAGCCGAAUGGGGUCUCUCUCUCAUGACUGGUGCAAUUACGACCUCUGCUGGCUGAUCGAUAGCGCAUGCACAGAGAUGAGAAAAGAGUGCUCUCAGGGUGUGUCUCUCCGUACACGCAGCUAAGCUGCACUGCACUCGUCAAAGUGUAGGUGAUAAGAUGCAUACGGCAUGCUGCCCACAUUUAGGGGGGGCGUGGGUUAGCUUCGUUCUCCUCAAUCAGAGAUCGGGUGGAGAGGAAGCAUGACGCAAUGGGGCAAUUGGACGCGCUAAAAAAAAGGGAGAAAAAGGGGAGAAAAUGCAUAAAGAAAAAUAUAUAUACAUAUAUAAAAAAAAACGUCUCCUAAAUGCCGAAAAUGUAAAAGUAGAAAUAAAUUUUUUGUUAGGAAGACAUUACAUUCAUAGAAAAUGUUAAAAAAAAAAGCACUAGAAUGCAUCUAAAAGCAAAUAUAUAAUAUUAACCAAGACAUUUGUUACCAUGUUAAUAUAAAAUGGGGGUUAAAGCUGUAUUCUGUAACUUUUGGGACAUGAAGAACUUACUGCUAGAAAGUUAUUACUGCAAAACCACUUACAAAAACAACACUUGUGAACAUACAUUUCCACCUCAUGAAUUAAUGUGAUAAUGGAACAAAUGUAAAUGUUUGACUUGCCACUUGACGUAGGUAAUUCAGUUUUACUUGUGCAAUGUUUUAAAACAUUAUUUGCUCUAUAAGCUUUCAUACAACUACUGUUGGUCACCAGCAAAACUUCCCUACCACAGCUUUAAAUUAGUUUUAAUAGCAUUUAUGCAUUUUGUCCCAUUUUCUUCCGAUUUUGCGUAGUCAAUCUGUCUUCCGCUGCUGGAGUUCCCUGAUUGCAUUCAAGGAGGGUAUGUUGCUGCUCACGGCUCGCCCGACACAUGCGCAGUCCUAGCGGACCCCUUCUUUCCGCCCAUGUGCUCCGCACAGACGCCACUAUCUGCGUAAUCAGGGUCCUUGCACAGCGUUUGAAGACCACACCCACAUAGUACGGUCAUCCUCCCAGCAGACAUGGUAGCCAUACCCCGCUGCGCCACCUGGGAGCAUUUUUAAUACCACUCUUAACAUGGAGAAGGCGUAUAUUGCUAGGGUUCCUGAGAUAAUACCAUAUUCGUCUUCUUUCCUGUAAUAUUGUGCAUACCGUAAUAAUAGCAAUUGUGCAAAUUGUGCAUGAGAUUAAUACCUGCACUAAUUCAGAUGUUUACUUAAAGCUUAAUAAAUCACACUGCUGAUGCAAAAUACAUCUAUUUGCAUUGACCCUACCUUGUACCCUGCUUCUUUUAAGAAGGUAUUUUUAAUUAUCAGUCCUUGUCAUGCAAACCUUUAUAGUGCAAAGUAAAUCAAUUUGUAAAUUUUUCCCCACUUGAAAACUCUUAGUAAAUCAGAGCCCAUAAGUCACCUAAACAUAAACUACAGAAAUGUCAAACAACAUGCUGGCAGUAGUAUUGUGCAUUUUAAGGCAAGUUGAAGGCAUCCCUGGCACUACAGUGCCUUGUUUCUGAAUGAACUUCACAUACACCUAGACUUUACACCAAUGCUUUUUACAAUGUAGAUGAAUUUUAAACUGGCGGACAUGUCUGUUCGAUUUGUUUUAUUUAUUUAUUUUCUAUAAGAUAUGAUGUAAACAAUGUCUUCUCUGCAUUUCUUUAUUACCAGAAGCACUAGGACUCAUGCAGGCUUGCAUCAGUAUUACUCUGUACACUGGCUCUGGAGAAAAUAUCUUCCCAGCUUUGUAUGUAUUAAGAAAGAGGUUGUAUGUAGUCAGAAGGAGGGUAGCUAGUGAUGUUUGUAUAGUUGGAAGAACAUUCAGAGAAAGUCACUGUCAGUAAGUCAAUCAGAAGGGAAAAAGACUGGGAGGCAGGGCAUGCAAUGUCAGAAAUCACCCUCAUGAAUGUACAGUCAUUCAUGUCCAACUUCUGGAUGGUUGUUGGAGUAAAAAAAAAUUAAAUAAAAACUACAACAACAAGGUCCUGUAAUUUCACAAGAUAAUGUGAUGUUUCUCUGGAUCAGGUCUGUAAGCAUUCUAAUAAAAUUGUAUUUAUUGGGAA